AUUCAGCUUUAUUUCUUUCUGCUUCUUUCGAUAAUCUUCAAUUGGUGGGGUGUCUCAGGGAAGAAGAAAAAUAUGCUGCAGUUGUUCUUCACAGUGGCUUUCUCUGCGGUUCCUUUGACCCUUUAUGUUCCACCAAUCAGGAGCUUAAACCUCUUUGUAGAAACCAUGGAAUAUAUGGUAAGAGAAUCAAGAACAUACCGCAACAGAGUUUACCCUCGCCUAAGGGUAGCUUGGUCUAGGAUCAUGGAUAUCAUGCUCUGCAACACAAGGUAGAUUUUGAGAUUGGCUUUGAGUUUGAACCAGAUCUUAUAUUGUAAAUAUUUUCCUUUUUUUUUUUUUUACUGAACCCCUCUUCUCGCUCUAGAUUGUCUUUCAGUCCUUUUUUCUUUGUUGCAUUUACUUCAAUUCCCAACCUAUCAUAAAGCUGCUAUGUUGUGAUGAGUUUGUUCUUGGGCAGUGUUGCUCUUGUUGCGGAUUAUGCUGUAGAAUUGUUGUGAUUGUGUUAAGGGAAGAAUCUUUUUCAUUUUAAAUAAUAUAAUUUGUUUUAUUUUACUGUGAUAAAGAGAUU